CAGCGAUCUACACCUGCCACAUUCGCUGCCAAUCGCAAAUCACCCGGCGCGCAAUCAGCAGCUGCUAUGGCAUUCUCGUACGCCUGCGCCUGCACCUGCAACGUUCCACAGGGAUGAAGAGACAGGGACACAGGGAUUGAGAGUGCUAUACCUGGCAAACCUGCAGUAGCGGGCGAUGUCAGUGAGGGGAGGGGGACGCUGGUCAGAAAGAGGAAUGUCCCACUGUCAUGCCCAUGCCUAGGCAAUCUAGGGUGCGGAAACGGGUGUAGAAGGUCGCAUUUACGACGACCGAGAUAAAAUACUCCAAGAUUCCCGCAUUAAGCUACACAGGGGUGGCUGGGUGGAUAGCAACAGGAAGGAAGGUAAAGUGGCUGGCAGGGUGGCAGGGUGGCAGGGCAGCAAGGGAAUCUCCCUAGCCUCGGCGUGCAAGGUAUGCUUUUGGAAGGAGACAUCUGUCUUACCUUGCCGAUCUGACCGUGCCGAUCUGGCGCCAGCACGAGGCUGCUCAUGCCAUGGUCCUGUUUAUAAAUCGUCGUGUGCCCAGUUUGUCGACAAGAGAGGUAAGCACCUAGGUCCAGCAAGCUCGUUGAUUUGAGCUGCUCUCCUGGUUUCCUUCUGUCCCUUCUCCUCUCCUUCCUCCAAUCCCCUCACAACCAACUGCGACAAUGCAGCUCUCCGCCGCUCUCAGCCUCGGCCUGUUGGCCCUCCUCACCCCGGCUUCAGCUAAACGCCCACGUCUCGUGCCACCGGCUGUACCGCUCCCACCGGCUGCUGCGGCGCGCAUCUCGAAUUCAACGGGCAAUUUCGUCUUCACGCAGCUGCUCGACCAUGAUUCGCCCCACGGCGACACGUUCGGUCAGCGCGUGUGGUGGAACUCGGAGCAUUGGGCCGGCCCGGGGUCGCCAAUUAUCUUCUUCACGCCCGGCGAGACCGCCGCGGGCGGGUAUGGAGGAUAUCUCACUAAUGCGACCCUGACGGGGAAGUUUGCGCAGGAGGUUAAGGGCGCUGUGGUUAUGGUUGAGCACCGCUUCUGGGGCGAAUCCUCCCCCUAUGAUGACCUCACCGGCCACAACCUGAAGCAGCUCACUCUCCGCAACUCCAUCGCGGAUUUCGUGCGCAUCGCUGCUACCGUGCAACUCCCCUUCGACCCGUCGCACAAAUCGGACGCCGCACACGCCCCAUGGAUCAUGAUGGGUGGAUCCUACGCCGGCUCACUCUCCGCGUGGACCGAGUCCGUAUCGCCCGGUACCUUCUGGGCGUACCAUUCCAGCAGUGCGCCAGUCGAGGCCAUUGACGAUUACUGGCAGUACUUUGUGCCUGUCGAGAAGGCGAUGCCGAGGAACUGCAGCUCGGAUGUGUCAAAGGUCGUGGAGUACAUCGAUAAGGUGUUCGCGAAGGGUUCGCAGAAGGAGCAGGUGGCGUUGAAGGAUAAGUUUGGAUUGGGCAAGCUGAGGAAUGAUGAUUUCUCUGGUGUCCUGGAAUACGGCCCAUGGCAAGAACAAUCCAACAACUUCUACAACCCCCACCCCCUGACGGAAUUCUGCGACUACGUCGAGGGCGCCCAUUCCAACACCACCAGCGCGCCCACCAACCACGGCGUCGCAGGCGUCGGUGUCGUCAAGGCGCUCGAGGGCUACGCGCAGUGGGUGAAGGAGGUUUACCUCCCUGAGUCGUGCCAGAUUUUCGGUUACAAGGAUCCAGCGUCCAUUGAGUGCUAUGAUACUUAUAACCCGGAUAACAAGCUGUUCACUGAUCGCACUGUCGGAAACGCUAUUGAUCGUCAAUGGCAGUGGAUGUUGUGCAAUGAGCCAUUCGGAUGGUGGCAAGAUGGUGCCCCCAAAAACCACAAAACCAUCGUCUCCCGCAACAUCAACGCCGCCUACUGGCAGCGCCAAUGCGCGCUCUUCUUCCCCCCCUCCCAAGGCUCCCCCAACUCCGCCUUUGGCCGCACCGUCGACUUCACCAACCACUACACCUCCGGCUGGUCACCCCGCAAGUCCAAGCGCCUCCUCUACGUCAACGGCGAACUCGACCCAUGGCGCACAGCCGGUGUGUCGUCCGAGUUCAGGCCCGGUGGGCCGCUGAAGAGCACUAAGGAGAUUCCGGUGGAGAUUAUUCCGGGGGGGUUCCAUUGUAGUGAUUUGAUUCUGAAGAACUAUAUUGAUCCCGGGGUGAAGAAGGUGGUGGAUAAGGAGAUUGAGAUUCUUAAGGGGUGGGUGGGGGAGUGGUAUGUGGGGAAGCCGGGGAGGGGGGCGAAGAGGGGGGUGGAGGGGUGGGAGAACUGA